GCCUCCCAUCACCUGCCGCCUCACUGCCGCCACCAUCAGGUCUAGCCACGGCAACGGCAAUUACACCCUCGAGGCCAGCUUCGUCCGGCGCGCUGCCGAUUUGUCCGACAAGUCCUCCGGCUUCACCUCCCCCCACCCCAACUUCGGCUGCGUCAUCGCCAACCCCGGCGGCAAUGUGGUCGGGGAGGGCUACUUAUACGCCCAGGGCACGACGCCGGCCGAGGUUCAGGCUGUCGAGGCCGCCGGCGCCGACCUCUGUAUUGGCGCCACCGCUUACCUCAACAUGGAGCCCGGCGACUGCCACGGCGACAGCACCGCUGUCUCCGCUCUCGUCCAGGUCUGUCUAACCGACAGAGAACUGCCUCUUCUCCGUUGAUCCUACUGAGCUUUAGAACAUCUUCGAUAGUAUACUUAUCGGAAAAGAAGAAUCCUGGGGCAAAACGAAUUGCUUAGGAUUAGAUUGGAGAUUGAACGAAGAAGCCUGUUUUUUUUUUGGCAGCUCUGAGGGUUUUAAUGCACUGGGUAGUUGACAUCUCGUAUAUAAAACUAGGCAGGAAUUGUACGAGUGGUAGUGGGGAUGAGGCACCCGCUUCAGCAUCUUCGCGGGAAUGCUGUGCGUGCGUUGAGAAGCCAAGGAAUUCGGGUAGAUGUUCUUGGAGAGGACCUCCAGAGUAAAGCUGUCGAGGUGCUGCAUUUUGUCUAAGAUCAUUUACUCGUGUGGAGCUUUACUGACUGUUUCGCGGUGUAGCUUGAGGUUCAGAGUUUUGGUGUCAUGUGCUGCAGGAAGCUCAGAAGUCGUGCCACCUCGUGAAUGCUCAUCUGAUAUACAGAGCGGCUUCUCGGGUCCCAUUUUCCGUUCUCAAUGUGCUGUCUGUCCAAAUGGAACAGGCAAAAUUGCUGCCAGUAGUGGACAUGCUGCAUGGAUAAGCAGCAAAAAGUCUAGAAGUCGAGUCUUUGAACUGCGGGGACGAAGCGAUGCAAUUGUUGUUGGAGGGAACACCGUGCGUAAAGACAAUCCAAGAUUGACUGCAAGGCAUGGUGGUGGGCACUUGCCCAUGAGGAUUGUGAUGACACAGACGCUCGACCUUCCUGAGGAAGCAAACCUCUGGGACAUUUCCGAAGUGUCAACAAUAGUGGUGACCCAAAGAGGUGCUAGGAGGAGUUUUCAGAAAUAUUUAGCUUCCAAAGGUGUUGAGGUUGUAGAGUUUGACAUGUUAAAUCCUCGUGAUGUCAUGGAAUAUUUCUAUGACCGUGGGUACCUUUCGAUUUUGUGGGAGUGUGGAGGGACAUUGGCUGCAUCCGCAAUCUCAUUGGGUGUUAUUCACAAGGUGUUUGCAUUUGUUGCACCUAAAAUUAUUGGUGGAAGGAAUGCACCAUCUCCAGUUGGUGAACUCGGUAUGGUGGAGAUGUCACAAGCCUUGGAUUUGAGUGAUGUUUCCUAUGAACAGGUUGGACCAGACAUGCUUGUCAGUGGGUUUCUUCAGCCUAUUCCCGACCUCACACCUGUCAUCCCAUCAAUGAAUGAGACUUCUGCAAUUGACCCUACUGUCACUCCUUAUGAACCAAACAUCAUAUUCUUCUACAAAACAUGGGACCCUUAUGGAGCUUUCUCCAACUUCUCUCCUCAUCCUAUUCGAAUGCCCAAUGGAACUGGCGAUUAUGUUAGUUGGUCAAGUGUGGAGCACUACUAUCAGGCCCACAAAUAUGUCGGAGUCGAUAAUCCUCAGGCCCAACAAUAUGUUGAAGAGAUAAGAUCUGCAAAAAGUCCAGAGGAAGCCGCUAGGAUGGGGAGGCUUGUGCAGAGGCGGCAUCCUGAUCUUGUGAGACCCGACUGGGAUAGUAUGAAGAUCGAUGUGAUGUACCGAGCAUUAAAGUUCAAGUUCUCAAUAUAUCCUCAUCUAAAUUCCAUGCUGCUAUCCACGGCGGGGUCCAUUCUUGUCGAAGCUUCGCCACACGACCUCUUCUGGGGAGGAGGAAGGGAAGGAGAAGGCCUGAACUAUCUAGGCAGGCUGCUGAUGCAGUUGAGGUCCGAGUUUCUUGGGGAGUACUCCAGCUCUAGCGAGAGUACUAUCUUAUCCCCGUGAUAUACCUAACACUUCAUCGUGUUAGAGGGUAAUAUAGGCAAUUUGUAUUUUCCGUUCUAUUCAUUGUCUGUGCACAGGAAAUUGAUCUGAAUUUUACCUGUAACAUAUAUGACUAAUAAUUUUUGCUGUCCACAGUCCGUGGAGUUUCCCUGGAAUAUGAGGAGAACAUCAGCCAUGUUGUAAUGUUAAAAAUGUUGGUUUUCCUCGUA